CCUGCCCGCGACCGUAUUCCGGUUGCACCGCACCGGCACCUUUCUCUCUGGUUUCGUUGUUUCCAGCCGGUCUCAGUUGGUGGACGGCUCGGCCGCCAUCGAGCUAUGGAGCCCGUGGGCUCGGGGCCCGGGGGGCUCCCCGACUCUUUGGAGCAGCCCGCGGCCCCGGACAACCGGCUGUUUCUUGUGAAAGGUGGAAUUUUUCUUGGUACAGUUGCUGCUGCAGGAAUGUUUGCUGGUUUUGUUACAACUUUGUCACUGGCCAAAAAGAAAAGCCCUCGAUGGUUCAAUAAGGGAAUUACUGCCACAGCUGCUUUACCAGAGAGUGGUUCUUCUCUCGCCUUGCGAGCAUUGGGUUGGGGUUCACUUUAUGCAUGGUGUGGAGUUGGUGUAAUCAGUUUUGCAGUCUGGAAAGCUUUAGGAGUUCACAGUAUGAAAGACUUUCAGAGUAAAAUGCAAUCAAUAUUUCCAGUGAUUCCCAAGAACCCUGAGUCAUCUGUCGAGUGGGAAGAAGCACUGAAAUCCAAAUGAGAUGAGCAUGAAAGAAUUCCAAAGUGAUCGUUGCAGGGAAAGUAGCUUGGACAUGCCAAAAUAACCCUCUUUAAAGGAAAAAAAUCCAAUUGAUUUCUACUCAGGAAAGUGAACAAAUCAUUGGUGGAACAUGGACUCUGUGGCUGUCAGUAUUUUUAGUGUAGUCUAUGAAAACUCAAAGUCAUCCUGCAUUUACUUUAUUUUGGAAUCAAAUGGGAAAGGUACAUGUUUUUCAAGGUUUGGAGGGUUGUUUUAAAGAACAUCAGUCAUAAGUAAGUAAAUAAAUUCCCUUUGUAGAGGAUAUAUUAGUAUAGAAAGUUAGAUGUAUUUCUAUAAACUUUAAAAACAAGUCUCUUACUUGAAAAGGCAAAUUUUAUGAUAAAUAUUCGAACAGGAAUCUUUAUAAACCUUUGUUACUUCUCACCACCAGGUUGGAAAACCAAGCUAAAAAUUAAAGGUGGUUCAUUUUCAAAAUUUUAAAAAUAGCUUUUUAAAAAAAAUUUCGACCAUAAACUCCUUGAGAGCAGGCACUUUUUUUGGUCUUUCUUUGUAUCCCCAGAGCUUAGUAUAGUGCCUGGCAUGUAGUAGGUGCUUAAUGAAUGCAAAUUGACUGUCAUGGCCCUAGCUAAUAAAUAAUAGUGGCUCAUUCUUUUAAAUGAGUUCAUUCCAGGAAUCUCCCAUGUUGUUGUGUGAUUAUCUGGCUAUACCCAGCAUGUUGAGAGGAACCGCGCUGCCCAAACCUCUUUAGAUCAUUUGUGUGAAAUGAUUUUUCAUUUGCCUUGUGACCUUUGUUCACUCAUUCAGUGCCCAACUUAAAGGCCAUUCUUUAUAUUUCUAUAUGUCCUUAUGCUUUAAGGGAAAUAAAAAACCAGCAACAGAUUAAUAUAAUUUGAGAGUAAUUUGUUGUCUCUGUCAUGCUGUCAUUAGUAUGAAGUGUACAUUUGUGAGAUAAUUUGAUAAUGCAUUCCCAAACACUAUAGGCUCUAAAUGACACUAUAAUUUUACCUCAGUCAUCAAAGUGAAAAUAGCAUAAUAUUGAACCCACCCACCUAACAAAUAUGUUUAACCAAAAACUCACAUGGUAUUGAAUCUAGCAUUCAAUAUUUAGUCUAAUAAUUCUAAUGAAUUUUCUGUGAGUAAAUUUGUAAGGAAUUUGUCAUUAAGAAAACACUCUCUGUUCCUCUGUGGUCUCUUACAGAAACUGAUGGAGAACAGUGCCUAAUUGCAAUCACUGUAUUUAUCAGAGACUUGCAAGUUUUAAAAAGAACAAGAAAAAUAUUUUUAAUAUGUAAAUUUUCCAGAGAAACAACAUCUGGUUGAAAAAGCAAUUUUGAAGUUUCUUUAUGAUUGCUUAAGCUCUAAUUAGUCAGCUAUCAGGUCUAAUAAAGUACAUUUGAAAUUUAUUUGUUAUUAUGAAACCUUUUAGUUCUAAUAAAAAAUAAAAAAUUAAAUGUCAAGUGCAUAAUUUAGCAUUUUUCUCUAAACCAUGAUGCCACACUCAGAUUGCUGAAUUGUGAUUAAACAGGUGUAAUCAAUGUCUGGGUUUCUUAUGUAGCUAGCUUAAUACAAAAAUCUAAGACUAAAAAGAAAUUAUAGUGGAAUUUAUAAGACUGCAUAUGUAUAGUCUCAAGGUUCAUCUCACUCAUCUUUCAUUUUAAACUAAAUAACAUAGGUGGGAAAAGGUUUAUAGCCUUGGUUGAAGAAGACAAAUAUAAAGGUCAGAAAAUAAUUCAGUGAUUUUUUUCUGACGUGUAUAUCAGGGUUACAUGCCCUGAUGUGUGGGUUAGUGUGCAUCUAGGUCUGUAUGGGAAAAUGGAGUAUGUACUACACAAAGAACCUGUAGCCACCGGAGCUGGAAUUGAAGAUUCUUGUUUUUCUUUGCAUGCAGAAUUCCUCCACGGAAUGGCGUUGGGGGAGGGGAAAGAAGUCAAAUUUUCCAAGAGAAUAGAGCUGGAAUUAAUUAAUAAUUGACUAAUUAUUUAGUGCCCAUGGUUUGAAACAGACUUUUAGAGUGUAAGCCCUUGAGUGCAGGGAAUAUCCUUUAUUCUUUGUAAACCCCAUUGUAGCACCUCUUUUAAUACUAUGAAGUUGUGUAAUAUGUAUUACCUAUUAAUGUUGAUGACAACCAACCCAGAAAACCUUGGAAUGCUUUUUGUGUGAAUUGGCUAAAUAAAUAGCAGAGUAGAAGCAG